GUUCUAUGUACUGAGUAUGUCUCAGUACAUAGAAAUAAUAUCUGAAUAGCAGAAUUUUGUUUCUGAAGUUAUAUAAACAAACAGUUAUCAUCUAUGUUUACAUUAUAUACAGUACUGUACUUUAACAUUAUUUAGGUUUUAUGGAGUUUCUGGUAGUACCAUUAAGGUUAGCAGUUAGUUGACAUCAUGAGUUAUCCAACAAGUCAUAAAACAAUAUUUGUGCUAGAUCAUAGUCCACAAUUUCAUUCUUCCUGCAAACAGACCGUUGAGUUUGAUAUUUUUACUAAGACAAGGCAACCAGGUAUAAUACCUCUUGCUCCAAUAGCAAAAUCUUUAUGGACCUGUGCUGUUGAAGCUGCAAUUGAAUACUGUAGAAUAGUAUGGGAUAUUUAUCCAACAGGAAAACUGAUUCAGUUUAUCAUCAGUGAUAACACUACAAGGACUUUAAAUACAUGGUCGCAAUCAGAGCAAAAUCUGAAUUUGCUGAUGAGUUCUCUUGCACAUGUUGGUACACCAGAUACACAAAUGAAAAAAGAUUGUAACAUUCAUCAUGGUUUGAGAGCGGCAAUAGAAUCUCUUUGUCAGUGUAGUGAAGUUCAACAUGAAAAAAGAACAUCUCUCACAGAAAAUGCUGGAAAGGUGAUGAAUCGAGGAAGAAUAGUAUGCAUUACGUAUUUAAGAAGUUCAUACUUUACAGAUCAUAGUCCACAAUUUCAUUCUUCCUGCAAACAGACCGUUGAGUUUGAUAUUUUUACUAAGACAAGGCAACCAGGUAUAAUACCUCUUGCUCCAAUAGCAAAAUCUUUAUGGACCUGUGCUGUUGAAGCUGCAAUUGAAUACUGUAGAAUAGUAUGGGAUAUUUAUCCAACAGGAAAACUGAUUCAGUUUAUCAUCAGUGAUAACACUACAAGGACUUUAAAUACAUGGUCGCAAUCAGAGCAAAAUCUGAAUUUGGUCCACAGCCUUGUAAAUACCGAAGGAAUUCAUGUAAGUACAGUUAAAGAAGGCCAAGUGUAUGAAACAGUGACAUUAAAAUGGUGUACUCCUCGAUCCAGUGCAGUUGAACUUCAGUAUUGUACUGGUUCAUAUCGCAUAACUCCUGUUGAUGUAAAUAGCAGACCAUCAUCUUGCCUUACAAAUUUUUUAUUAAAUGGACGUGCUGUUAUGUUGGAAAUGCCACGCAAAACUGGUACAAAAGUUCUCUCUCAUAUGCUGGCCAGUCAUGGUGGAGAAAUAUUUAUCCAUACUUUAGGUACAAGUAGAUCAAUUUUAGAAGAUCCUCCCUCAAUAAGUGAAGGUUGUGGUGGCAGAGUUACAGAUUACAGAAUUAAUGUGAGAUUAAGACGUGCUGUUAUGUUGGAAAUGCCACGCAAAACUGGUACAAAAGUUCUCUCUCAUAUGCUGGCCAGUCAUGGUGGAGAAAUAUUUAUCCAUACUUUAGGUACAAGUAGAUCAAUUUUAGAAGAUCCUCCCUCAAUAAGUGAAGGUUGUGGUGGCAGAGUUACAGAUUACAGAAUUAAUCAAUUGAAUCCAUUAUUGACUCUGGUAACAAAGUCAACUUUAACAGAAGAUGAAGUUAUAGAAUGUAAAAAAAUUAUUUAUCAAUUGGUUGGAAUGGAAAGCAAAGGCACAUCAUUACCAGUACCUACCAUUGGUACCAGAGGAAAAGGUCCUAAAAGGGAAGAGCAAUAUCGUGUAAUGUGGAAUGAGCUUGAAACUUUUGUUCGUCUUUACUGUAGCACAGCAGAACAUCGUAGUAUUUUAGAUUGUUUAAUAGAAUGUAGGAAGCCAGGAAGUGAAAGUGAGAAUAAUUCAAGAGAUAAACUAAGUGGAGGAAAUUCAUCAACAAAUACAAAUCCAUUGCCAAUAAAAAAAACAGAAAAAUUAUUUAUUAAAGAAGAAAAAUCUGACAGUUGUCUUCUUACUGAAACAGAAUUUGGUUGUGGAGAAAGUUUUUCUUCAGCAGUUGAUAGAGAUGAUGAUGAUAGAUUUAAAUUUCCACCAUGGAAGAAAUCCAAAUCUUCAGUAGAUAUGUUUCGAAAUAAGUUAUCUGGACCACAGUCAUUAUUAUCUUUGUGGACGAAUAGAAUUAAUAGUGAACAUUCAAAACAUCAUGUUGAAUUUGCUGGAAGAAUUAACAGCAAUAAUGGAAUUGCAAAGUUAUACACUAAUCUAAAUACUGAAAGCAACAGUGAUUGAUGCUAUUAAAGAAUGUUUUUUGAUCAGUGUUUAAAUGACUGCCUUAUAAAUUUAUAAGAACUGUAUAUAUGUUUAAGAAAUAGAAGCCAUUUUUUAGAAUGAUUUUGUAAAUAUUUUUAUAUCUGUCAUAAAAUAUCAUCAUAUGUACAGUUGACA